AUUGUUACAUGUGAUGCCGUAUCAUCUCCAGAUUAUCUUCGUCCUCUCCACCUUCUUUCCCUUUCUUAAAAGCUGCGGAUCCCUUAACCUGAUAUUGGUAAUGUACCGUGAAAUCAAAAGCCGAUUGAAGACACGAAAGCCGAUUCUUCAGAACAUCAAGGAACCAGACAAUAAGGGGAAGCUGCAAACCUAAACCACCAGAAGGGAGCCGUCAACAACGGUGCCGGAAGUAGGUGAUUGUCAACAAUCAAUUUAUAUCAAAUCAGCUUUUCUGAAACAAUCCAAGAACAGAGGCAAAAGGGAGUGAUUGCAAGCUCGGUUCUUCUCAGACCAGGUGGCCGAUCCGCCUGUGAAUUUUCGCAUCAUGGAGUUAUCCUGCGGGUUUUCUGCCACGGUGGUCUCCUUUCGCGAGUGGCUUUUUGACGUUGCAUACACCGUAGAGAGGAUAAACAGAGAAGUCUCUACUUGGAUAAGAAGCUCUGCUGGCGACUAUGAAGAGAGUCCUCAGAUGCCAUUCAUUGCAACUCGGGGAUAUGACAGUGUUGGUAAAAUUCUCCGGGACACUCUUGAAGCUGCCGGUGCGAAGGCUAUGGUGGUCGGGCAUACUCUCCAAUUAUCCGCUGAAUAUGAUUGCUGCAUAUGGAAGGUUGAUGUGGGAAUGGCCAGUGGUGUUAUCGAUUCUAGACCAGAUGUAUUUACCAAUUUUAGACCAGAGGCAUUUACCAAUAUCCAUAGAUAGACAAAAGGUGAUUCUAUAUUAGCUUUAGUUUCUUUUGCAAAUCUUUGACUCAAAGUAUUGAAAACUUUUGCUGAUAUUCACUAUAGUUACAACCUGGAAUAUUGUCUUUAAAGAGAGUGUUGAUUUUGAUAGAUUAUAUUAUACAUAAGCUUAUAGAGAGCAUGAAUUGCCAUUAGCUAAAAGCAAGUCCAUUAAUAAGAAAAUGUGUGCGUGCAUAAUGUAAUUACAAAAACUUGUGAAUUAAAAAGAAAUGUGGGGAAGCUAAAGCCCAUUGAAGACACUAAAGCCGAUUCUUCAGAACAUCAAGGAACCAGACCAUAAGGGGAAGCUGCAAACCUAAACCACCAGAAGAUUUCGGAUGUAUGACUUUCUUCACGACUUUUCAUCAAGUCGAUCUCUUGGUGAGGCAUGGUGUUGGAGCCAUGAGGACGAACGGAGAUGUUUCAUAAGGACUUGGCGGUGAAAUAUGGAGCGAGGAGUGAGGCGGAAAGCGACGGAGUCCAAUGGCAGGAGCUGUCAACAACGGUGCCAGAAGUAGGUGAUUGUCAACAAUUUAUAUCAAAUAAGCUUUUCUGAAGCAACCUAAGGUUUGUCUCUCAUGAUCCCGACACUAAGGUCUGUGUGUAUUUGUAUUUUGUUCAAAUCGAUUUCGGUCGGAAAAAGUCAAUAAUUGGGUUGACUUAGUAAGAAUGGCAAUUAGAAACUGUGGACGCAAAAAACACAAAAAUGAAUUUUGUAGUAUUAAAAUUUAUUCUGAAUGUAACUUGUGAAAGUUUAAAACUAAAUCUAUCUACAACCAAAGAUAAAAG